CUAUAAUGUAGAUAUUUGUAAAACAUUUGACUGGAUUGCACUACACGAAUGCAGCAGCAGCAGCAGAUGCCAACGUACUUUGAGAACAAUCCCCAGAUGUUCAAGUCGUCUGUUCCUUUCAUUCCACUCAGGGAAAUUCCAUCAGCAGUUUAUGACCCAAUGUUGCAAGGGACAAGCUCAAAUAUGGAUCUACAAGGCAUGGCGGAGUGCCACCUAUUUUCUCCAAUUCAGGGGAUGGAGGAGCCAGGCAUUGCAGCCUUUAUGCCACAUGAUCUCAGAGAGUAUGCAUCAAGCACCUCCGGUGAGAAGUCAGAUAGCAAAGCCAGUAAUUAUGAAGGUGAACUUGGUUACAAGUUGCCUUCUCCCCAGGAUUAAUCUGGCAAAUUGACAAAUGAUGAGGUACUAAACGAUUUGAACAUCUGAUAAAUAACAAACUGAGGCGGCAUUUUUCAGGAGGUACAAGUUAAAGGUCGUAGUCUUGUGAGAAUUGUCUGAGUGGA